CGUGCGCUACACACCCUUCAAAUUAAUCGUCCAUCGCCAUUGCUGAUACAUCGUCUCAUUGACUUGUGAAAACCAGAUAGCUAGCCUCUGUGUCUCUGACAUGUGUGCCCCCGAAAAAUAAAUAAAUAUCGCUUGGUAGGUUGUGUAUGCAGCCAUGCAUGUACCCAAGGGCGAGGGCUAGCUGUUUGUUGAAUAGGAAAUGACAUGAGAUAAUAGGAUGGAUGAGAGAGGAGUCUCCCCUUCUCAUUGCCUCUUUAUUACGUCUUAGCUUAGACACCCGGACAUUGACUUAGAUGCCUCGGGAGAAGCAGCAGUGGGAUUUAAGACCGUUCCUCCCUUUAAUUAGCUGUACAGACCGCAGAGAGACAAAGGUACACAAGCUAACUAGAUAGAGGUCAAGAGCAUGUCAUCCAAGAAGAAGAGGGCCGCCAUAGAUCUCUCCCUGGAGGCGGAGAGGAGUGGUGAAGGCCACAGCGGCGGCGGAGGCAAGGGCGAUCGGCACCGGGGCAAGGAUAAUGGUGAGGUGGACAAGAAAGAAGAGCAGUUCAAAGAGCAAAGAGAGGCACCGGAAGAGGGAACUGGAGAGGAGAAGGUGGUAGUUGAAGUGGUUGUAGACCAAGGAAGGGACGACACCAGGGAGAUCAAAUAUAGGACUCAACAAGAAGAGGAGAUGGGGAACGACAAGCAACCGGCAGAGGACGCGCACGGUGACGAUGAGAGCGAUGGCGGCGAAACCCGUGCCCAAGACAAGCACGUGGUAGAGGCCGCCGGCAACGGUGACGGGGACGAUAGCUACACCACCAUGGUGCAAGACGAGGUGAGCGCGAUGCAGGAGGAGAUGGAGAAGAUGAAGGAGGAGAACCGGAUGCUCCGGCGAGUCGUCGACCGGACCAUGCGUGACUACGACGAACUGAAGAAGAAAGUAGAAGCCUGCUAUCAGCAGCAACAGGCAGAUGAGCCUAAGGAGCCCGAGGUGUUCCUUUCCCUCGGCGCCACCGCCGCCGGGACUGGCGGCGGAUUCGCGGAGCCGAAGCGCAAGGAGCGGCAAACAGUGCGUCGGCCAUCUGCGGGGAGCGAUGACACCGACGACGACACCAAGGAGGACCGUCUUGGGCUGUCCCUGAGCCUGGCAGCAUCGUCGUACGAGGAAGAGAAGCUGGGAGCCGGGCCAGCCGGCCACGACUUGGAAGAAGCCUCCGUGGCCGGCGCCGACCGCAAGGCGAAGGGCUACGCGCUGCUGGAGAGUAGCAAGCUCGAGGCACCGGCACCGCCGGCCGCCGCCGGAGACCUUGCCGCGGCCGGGAUCACGAGCCAGAGCGUCAACCCGGCCAACCGCAAAACUAGGGUUUCCGUGCGCGUCCGAUGCCAAGGCCCCACUAUGAACGACGGGUGCCAGUGGAGAAAGUAUGGGCAGAAGGUCGCCAAGGGCAACCCGUGCCCGAGAGCCUACUACCGGUGCACCGUCGCGCCGGGCUGCCCGGUGCGCAAGCAGGUGCAGCGAUGUCUAGAGGACAUGUCGAUCCUGGUGACGACGUACGAGGGUACGCACAACCACCCGCUCCCCAUCGGCGCCACCGCCAUGGCCUCCACCACCUCCGCCGCGGCCACAUUCAUGCUGCUCUCCAGCACGAGCUCCUCCUCCGCCACCUCCGAGGUCCGCGGCGGCUCAGCGGCACCUUCCUACCUCAGCCCCCCGUACCUGCUCAACUCCACCUCCCACCACCCCGCCGCUUCGCCGCUGCUCGGCGCACAACCGUCGUCGUCAAUGCCCAGCGCCCCUGCUGGCGUGGCCAAUGGCGUGCAGCAUCUCAACAUGUUCGGGCAUUCGUCCAUGCUCGCUCAGCAGGCGCCACAUUUCAGCAGCAAGUACCCGUGGUCAUCGGACCCUUCGCAGUCGCAGGGCAUCGGUGGUGGUCUGCCAGCAGGAAGCAAGAGGCCGUUUUGGAGCACCGGCGGUGACGAGAAGACGGCAACAUUGCCGGACAAUGUCGGCGCAGUCAUGGCAGACCCAAGUAAGUUCUCCGUAGCGAUCGCGGCCGCGCUCAACAGCUAUAUUGGGAAAGACGGGCAGGUGGUCGGCGGCAAGGACGGAGAGAGUAGCAGCAACAAAUGGGGGGUGGUCGAAUCACUCCCACCUCCAUGACUAGCAAUUAAUGUGGAAAAAGUUAAGGGGUGUGUUUCUUCAUAAUUUGUUGCGUGUAAACAAGCUAGUCAACAUAGGGAGCAGUCAAACACAAAUUGGAGGGAAUUUUGGGGCCAUUGCUUGUAAUCAUUUUUCCAGGUUUGCAUGCUCCAUUAAAACAGAUCGACUGCAAUUGUUGAUGUUAACCGUAAACGGCAAUAUCUACGUGCUGUUUUAUCACGAAAGCAACAAUAAAUGAAAUUUUACAAUGUGCACAUA